AUGGACUCCAUUAUCGGUAUGAGAGGAUGGGAUGAAAUAGCCUAUCUUACUGAGGAUCCUGCACAGUGCUGGGGUUCUUCAUUUGAUGGGUAUCAACCUGCCACUUUCAACAUGCCUUCCUACCGACCUUAUCCUGCAUCAGAGUCACUAGCAACUCCUUUACAGCACCAACACAGCUACCUGCAAGACCAACGACAAGAGCAGGGUUUUGCCACUAAUAACCUAGAUGUGACGCUUCAACAGGAGGCUCUGCAGCCUCAGGGCCCUGAGAUAGGGCCUAGGUACGUGGAGUAUCGGACGGCAAUGAAGGAGAUCUUCCAGAAUAUCAUUGACGGUCGACUGGCUAUGGCAAGUCAGUCGCUCUUAGAAGAAUCAAAGUGGCUCGCGGGGCAUGUCGAGGUUCUCGGACUUACUGUGGAUGAUGUCUCUGUUUAUACGGAUAUGAUUGGCAAUAAUAUUGCGCCUGCGAAGGCAGUUUACACAGAGCGAAAAGAGCUGUGGGACGAGUUUAAUACUGCUUGGGUUAGCCUCUUCCAAAAGCAGAGUGAUAUGCAGGAGCCCGGGCAGCGGAUACAGCACCGACAGAGCUUAAUGUCUGAAGAGUCUGUCAACGAGAUGGCCGAAGGCCUGACUGAAAUGUGCGAUGCUAUUGAGAAGCACGGCUUGGUUGACUACCAAUAUGGCGUUGAAGAAGAGCGAAUAGUAGUUGUUAUUGAAAAUUGUCUCGACUUGCAGGAAUCAAGAAAGGGGAUGGCUGAAGGCAGAGGACUUGAAAACUCUCCAUAA